AGAGAGAGAGAAGGAGAGGGGGCGGGGUAGGCGUGACACAGGCCUGUCUGCUCUUAUAGUCGAGAGGAAUGAGCGCGCCUCAGUCUCCGAUGAAAUGUGAGCGGAGGAUGCUCCUGCUCCAGAUGCCCUGCACUUCUUCUUCCUCCUCCUCCUCCUCCUCCUCUUCUCCAUCUUUUUCUACUCUCACAUUCCGCCCUAACGCCUCCUAGGCCUUGCGGGGACGGACAGAACCCAUCCAGGGGAGGAUUUACGCACAGACCCGAGCCGGUCCCGGACCUCCAUUGGCAAACAUCAGCGGCUUCUUUAUUAAUGUCAUCCACAGCGACCCCUGGCUCAUGUUACAGAAGGAGAGCAAGCUGUGGAGGGGGGACAGAGAGAGACUGGGGAAGGACCUGCAGAAAAUGGCCACAGGUCGGAAUCAAACCCAGGUUGCUGCAGGUUGAGGCCUUGACUCGUUGGGGCGGCACCUCUACCAGCAGCGAGCCCCAGUUGUGGCCGGUGGGCAUGGUUUUGGAGGGCAGCUCAGAGGCGCUGUGUCCCCCCCCAUCUCUGGAGCUGCGCCCAUCCUGCAACAAGAGCCAGUCCUCGCCUCCUCUGAGCACAAGCUCACAACCCCACGACGGAGUCUUCCCUGAGGACAAGGAGCCCGUCAAGUACGGCGAGCUCAUCGUCUUAGGGCACAAUGGUUCACUGGCCAAUGGAGACAAGGGUCGUAGAAGAAGUCGUCUGGCCCUUUACAAGAGACCCAAAGCCAAUGGGGUCAAACCGGAUGUUAUCCACAAUGUCUCAACACCUCUGGUGUCAAAGGCACUCAGCAACAAAAGCCAGCACAGCAUCUCCUACACACUGUCACGGAGCCACUCUGUCAUUGUGGAGUACACCCAUGACACCAACACAGACAUGUUUCAGAUUGGCCGGUCCACAGAGAGCAUGAUCGACUUCGUGGUGACGGACACGGCAGGCAGCGGCAGCAGCCAGGGCGGUGGUGCGGGAGGGGAGGGUGGCGGUGGAGGACAGUCAGCUCAGAGCACCAUCUCCCGCUACGCAUGUCGCAUCAUGUGCGAACGCAGCGCUCCCUACACAGCCCGCAUCUAUGCUGCCGGCUUCGACUCCUCCAAGAACAUCUUCCUGGGGGAGCGGGCAGCCAAAUGGAGGACGUCGGAUGGCUUGAUGGAUGGCCUCACCACCAAUGGGGUGCUGGUGAUGCACCCAGCAGGGGAGUUUGUGUCUGAGCCGGCUCCAGGCGUCUGGAGGGAAAUCUCAGUGUGUGGCAACGUCUUUGCCCUGAGAGAGACGCGCUCUGCCCAGCAGAGAGGAAAACUGGUUGAAAAUGAGUCCAAUACCUUACAGGAUGGUUCACUGAUUGAUCUGUGUGGGGCCACCCUGCUAUGGAGGACCCCCGCCGGACUGCGCCACACCCCCACUCUCAAACAACUGGAGUCCCUUCGCCAGGAGCUAAAUGCUGCCCGACCACAGUGCCCCGUGGGCUUCAACACCCUGGCCUUUCCCAGCCUGGCCCAGCGUGAGAUUGUUGACAAAAAGCAGCCCUGGGUCUACGUUAACUGUGGCCAUGUGCAUGGCUACCACAACUGGGGCUACCGCAAGGAGAAGGGCCCAGCCGGCCCCGGGGGCACGGCGCCGGCCAGCACUGGGGAGAGGGAGUGCCCCAUGUGCCGGCGAGUGGGCCCCUAUGUGCCACUGUGGCUGGGCUGUGAGGGAGGAUUGUACCUGGACAACGGGCCGCCCACUCAUGCUUUCUGCCCCUGUGGCCAUGUAUGCUCAGAAAAGACAGUGGUGGGGUGGAGCCAGAUCCCAUUACCCCAUGGCACCCAUGCCUUCCACGCUGCCUGCCCCUUCUGUGGCACCUGGUUGACAGGGGAGCAGGGCCACAUCAAACUCAUCUUCCAAGGCCCUGUCGACUGAAGCCCCGACCCGGGAACCACUCAGAGGACAGGGACGUUGGGAUUGGACAGAGGUGAGACAGAGUUAAGACUGUGUGCUAGAACAAAAAUCUGAACAUUUCAAGUAUGAGGUAAAAGAGAAAGCACUGAUGACAAGUACAGUGAGAGGACUGUUGAUAUGAUGAACUGAAAGCGACCUGCAAUAGUAGAUGCCAAGGCUUCACAUGGACUAAGAGGUGUAUGGAGGAGAUGUAAAUAAACUGUGUUGAAAUGAAAA